AUGACCAGCAGGUGUAUCCUCCAAACUGCUCUCCUGGUAUAUUUCUCCACCACGGUUCUUGCCAUGAACUAUAACUUACUUCGAUUCCAACUAAGCAGCAGCAGUGUGGAGUGCCAGGAGCUCCUUCUACAGUUGAAUGGAACGUCUAAAGAUUGCCUCAAGGACAGGAUGAACUUCAAGAUCCCUGAGGAGAUCCAGAAAUCCCAGAAGUUCCAGAAGGAGGACAUCGUAUUGGUCACCCUUGAGAUGUUCCAAAAGACUUCUGAUAUUUUCAGGAGAAAUCUCUCAAGCACGGGAUGGAAUGAGAGCAUUGUCGAGAACCUCCUUGCCACACUCCACUGGCAGAAGGAACAUCUGGAGGAAAUCCUGGAGGACAUCAUGCAGGAGGAAAACGUCACUUGGGACCACAGGACCCUUCUGCACCUGAAGAGAUAUUAUCUAAGGAUUGUGCGGUACCUGAAAGCGAAGGAGUUCAGCGUCUGUGCCUGGACAAUAGUGCAAGCAGAAAUCCUCAGGAGCUUUUUCUUCCUUGAUAAACUUACAGAUUCUCUCCCUAACUGA